CCACCCCACACCCCACCCCAAACUGAUUGCCCGCCUAUAUUAGGUGACGAGUGGCCAUGGCCUCGCGGGAUCUCGGCAGCCGCCGCUGGCCUUCUCCUUAACUGCAUGCACUGCUGACUUGCUCCUGCGUCCAAGUGUCCAGCUCCGCUUUCUGCUAGCCAUCGCCGGCCGCCGCCGAUGGCGAGACGCGAGGUUCUCCUCGGCCUCGCGCUGCUGUGCCUCCUCGCGGCCUCCGCGCAGCUGGCCGCCGGCGCCCGGAAGAUGGUCGGGGUGUACGAGCUCAGGAAGGGGGAUUUCUCCGUCAAGGUCACCAACUUUGGCGCCAGGCUGAUGUCCGUCGUCUUCCCCGACUCCAAAGGGAAUUUGGCUGAUGUCGUCCUUGGCAAGGACACCAUCGCGGAAUACGUCGACGAUGAGUUCUACUUCGGGCCGAUAACGGGGCGCAUCGCCCAGAGGGUUGCCCGGGGCCGGUUCGUCCUCGACGGCAAGGUAUACCACAUGUACAGAAACGACGGCAACAACACAAUUCACGGUGGCGGCAGAGGGUUCAGCAAAAGCAUCUGGACGGUGAAGGAGCACGUCGCCGGCGGCGACUCGCCGCACGUCACCUUGUACUACCGCAGCUUCGACAGGGAGGAGGGCCUGCCCGGGAACGUGGACGCGUACGUGACGUACCGGCUGUCGGCGCCCUACACGCUGGGCGUGCACAUGAACGGGACGGCGCUGGACAGGGCGACGCCGGUGAACUUCCUGCUGCACUCGUACUGGAACCUGGGCGGGCACGGCGCCGGCGACGUGCUGGGCCACACGCUCCGGCUCUUCGCGUCGCGGCACGCGGUGCUGGACGAGGAGCUCCUCCCGUCGUCGGGGCGCGUGGAGCCCGUGGCCGGCACGCCGCUGGACUUCCGGGCGCCGACGGCGAUCGGCGCGCGCAUCCGCCGCGUCCUGGGCGGGCGCGUCGUCGGGUACGACGCCAACUACAUAGUCGACGGAGCGGAAGGCGCGAUGCGGCCGGUGGCGCGCGCCCGGGACGGCGCGUCCGGCAGGGCGCUGGAGCUGUGGGCGAACCAGCCGACGAUGCAGCUCUACACCGGGAACAACCUCAACCACACCAGGGGCAAGGGCGGCAGGGUGUACGAGAGGUACGCCGGGUUCUGCCUCGAGACGAUGGGGUACGUGGACGCCGUGAACCACCCGGAGUUCCCGUCGCAGAUCCUCAGGCCCGGCCAGGUGUACCACCACGACAUGGUCUUCAAGUUCUCCUUCUAGUAGUAGCUGCGCGAUUGCGUUUGGUCUUUGGUGUAACCGUGCGCGAGCAAGACGAUGAGUCAGGUGGUCAUUGGUGGUUGGAGUCUUGGAAAGAACAAUAAUAAGGGUCUUGCUACUGCUACCUCCACA